CGCAGACUCCGUCUCCGAAAGAACCAGCUCGUCCUGCAAUCUGAAGGUGCCCACUAACUUUUGCAGUUCAACAUCGGAAGAGCAUGCAGCUGAAGACUUACAUAAAAUCGAGGACCACGAGGCGUCUUCGUGCUGUGUUGACACCAAUAAAUCGAAGUCUUCGGCCAAGAACGCGGGCAGCGACAGCGCAAAUCUUGUUGUCCACACGACCACGACAACAGGGAAUCUUGAAAAUGCUGACUCGUCGUGGAAUCUUCAUUCUGACAUCGUGGUUGAGAAGAUGACGGAGCAAGUGCACUUUGACGUGGAAACGACCAGAGGAAAUAUAUCCUGUGCAAAAGUAUCGUACUCGUAUAAAUGCAGGUCUUGCAUUACAAAUUUCUUUAUCAAUAUCAAGGCAAAUCAACAUUACAAAUUCUAUUUCUCAUGCUAAGGAAAUUUGUAAUGCAUUUAUAUAUACGAGUACGAUACUUUGUUUUGCACAGCAUAAGAUAACACCUGCAGCUCCUACGACAAGAAGGUGAGAUGCACAAAAACUCAGCGGACUAACUUCCAUGAUCAGGUGGACGAAAAACAUCAAGAAAGCUCUGUUGUUCAUCAUCUUGCGUCGAAGAACUUCUGCACGGAUGAAGAAGCUGCACCGUCGAAACCUCCGCCAGCUAUCACAGGAAAAAGUGUUAAAGUUAACGGAAUUCGUGAUGCAGCAAUGCAUCACAAAACGUGUAAGAAUUUGUCAUGCGUAGCAUGCAUAUUGGGCUACAUUUGUGAUGCAUGACUGCGAUCUGUGAAAACCGUUAACGUUAACACUUUUUCUUGUGAUACCAGCGAGGUUUGAUUCAACAUCGCUUCUUCAAAAAGUGCCAACAGCCUGCAAGAACAGUAAGGAUGACCACCUGGUCCCGCACCAGGGUCCUCGCCGUACUAGCACUUGCGCGACUCCUUGUACAACAACGCAGGAAGGCCUCCAAGGGGAGGUGGCCGCGUCAGAGCAAGGUGACCAGUGCCAGUACUACAAUAAGCACGCCGCGCAAAAAAACAUUAAAGGCAAUGCUGAACAACAGGUGGCACGACCUGGACCUGAAUUGCAAAACCUCCAGGAUGAAGAUGCUCAGGACGUUUCCCAGCUGCACCAAAUGACUGUGUCUGCGUACGACCACGCGGCCGAGAUUCGUGAGCGCGAGGAACAAUUACAAUACUGCGGGGGUAAAAACAACAAGAACUCGGAUCAGAAAAACGUGGGUGAAGGUCAUGUUGACCAGCACGAAGAUUAUUACGCCGCCGCCGACCAGUUUUAUCCCCAACAUUCUUCUGCCAUUGCAGAGGCCAGCUACGGCGAACAAGAUGGGGGUGAACACCACCAGUACCACGUUUCCGGCCGCAAAAACAUGUCGAAGUACAACUCGUACAAUUGGCGCGGCGAGAAGCCGCGAAGCGCCGGCCGCGGAUCAUCUACUUCCUGGAAGAACAAGCGCACAUCGGAGCAAUAUUGGGACCGACGGGCGGGAGGAGGUGCUAGUACCACGGACCGUGAUGUCACAUCAACUGCCGGUCAAGAUUUUAGUAGUUUUUACUUCUAGAAGUCAUUUUUUGAAUUAUACUCGUCGCUCGGCUAGCCGCGACGACGACGAGGACCAGAUGUUUAGUAGUUGUCUUUCCGUUUUCGCCUUUUCGUCUACUUCAGCAAUGCUGCACACAGAAGGAAAAUAUGCUUGAGAUUAUGAAUGAUGAAAAGAAUUUAAUGAUGUUUGUAAUCUUCUGUAUUUUAUUGUUAUCAUGAUGCAUGAUGUCAGGUUUGUCUUCGUCUUUCAACGUUGACCCCGUCUCCUCCAAGUCCAAAGGAAAAGGUGGCAUGAUCGUAUCCCACACAACUUUCUACCUACUAGCAUACCCUAUACUUACGUAGCUUUCCAUGAUGGUCCUAGUCCUACGUGAGCUGCCCAAAUUAGAUAGCAGAAGCCAAGCCUUUGAGAUGUUUGAGGCAACAUCGUGCCAGACAGGUAUGAUCCAUAGUUCUACAACCGCAGUUGCGUGGUGGUUGCACAGACAACAUCAGAAAAAAAUAUCCGCAAAUUAAUAUAUUCGUGGCGCUAAUGAUAAUCUAGUGGUAUGCUAGCAUCCUUUUACCCCAGUCAUAUCUUUACUUCAAGGGCGGAAAGAGCAGUGGCAAGCGGACUUUUAGCACGCGUGAGCACCGUGAUCGAGAUUUAUCGGAUAUCGAAGGAAAAAGUGUUAGCGUUAGCGCAAUUUGUGCUGCAGUAAUGCAUCAGAAAACGCGCCCAAAUUUGUCAUGCAUAGGGCAAAAUUUCUCAUGCAUAUUUCCAACCAAUGAAGAAAACCGUUAACGUUAACAUUUACAUUUUUUUGCUUGAUAUCGGAGCGGGUCGUCGUGCGGCGUGACCGGGAGGACCCCGAAGCGCGCGACUGGAAGCUGUUCGUCUACGCAAAUAACCGGAAUUAUUUCCUGAAAAUUAACCUUCCCCGUCCAUUUUCUGCAUGACAAGCACUGAACUUACUUACAUGUUUUGCAUGACAAAUUGGACGCCGAUGGUUAAUUUUUAGGGCAUAGGAAUUUGCCGCCGUUGCCGAAGGAAUUUGACGUGCCGGACUCGGUGUUUUCCAUCAUCAUCCGCAACAUUUCGAACCAGUAUAAAGCAGAAGCUUUUAUUUUGAUGAACUACGAUGAAAAACAAAAAGCGCACAGACUGUUGAUCAGAAUGUAGUCUCGUUGCAAUCGCAUACCGCUGCAUCAGGAGGACGAGAGAACCAAGUUGUACUGAGUAGCUAGUAGCCUGCUAGAAUAUUAGUUGUGUUUGUCAGCAACAUGGAUGCGCGAGGCAUCUCGACUGGGACUGGUGCUACGAAUGCAACCCACAGGUAUUACCGUGACGAGUUCCUGGAGGACAUGCUUGAGGUGUGCGGCGUCGAGCGGUGGCAACUUGCCUACUUCUACGUGCCGGUGGACGUUUUGACGUCUCAGUCGCUGGGCUACGCUCACGUCUGCUUUUGGGGCACCAAGGCCGCCCACAAAGUCGCGGAAGCGCUGCACAACGGGCAAUUCGAACGGCACUACACCUAUCAAAUCUUGUACAAGUUCUAAUUUAAUACCGUCCUGACAGCAUGCACGUGCGCGGUCUAGUACUAGAAUUUAGAAUAUUACAUCACGGUCGCAUAUAGCAUUGAAUGCGACUCGACGACUUGAUUUACAAUUUUUACACAGUUCUGUUCCUCCUGUAUGAACAGCAUCUGCCUGACUCAACAGCAUGACCACAAUAGUUUUACCAUUGUCCGCUGGGUUCCCAUUCCGUUCUACGCAGAAUCAUCUUCAUGCAUGAAAAUUUUGUACUAUUGUACUACGGUAAAUAAAUUAGAAACUCGUAGUGCAUAACAUCCACAAGUACCUAAAGGUAGAGGCCAGCCGACUGCAGUCUCAUGGGGAAAUCCUGUCUCACCUGUACAAAAAUCGGUACAAGUACAAGUUCGAAGACGCCUGCCCGCUGUCCUUUCGCCCGUCGAAGGAAGAAGAAAAUAACCCGAUUAACAACAGAGAAUAAAUAAAGUGCCUUGAUCGUCGCAGAAUGGGAAAAUGAUUGUAAUGGAAAAUCAUAGUAGAUAGCAGGCUGCUAUAGCUAUCUAUGAUUUAUUUUCACGUAGAUCAGAGUUUAUAAUGCAGGACUCCAAAUAGAAACAAAUACUUUGAACUACUUGCGGCCUGUGGGUCUCGUCGUGGGGCACUUGUUUAUUUCAUGUUGAUACUAAUCCAGUUGACCGACGUCGGAAUCGAAAAAGAGUACCUGCGCAUGCGCUACUAUGAGAGUGCACAACUCGUCCCCCUCCCCCUCAUUUGGUGUCGUGCAAAGUAACGAAGUCACACCUUGCUCGGAAGCACUGCUAGCAUGACGAAUUUUGGAACCUCAAAUAAUACUACAAUCCGCAUGCAGAUUUGUGUUUGUCAUGCGAAAGCCCCUUUUCUGCUGUUGCUUGUGUUGCCGUUCAUGCCAUAGUACAAAUGCGGGGGAGGGGCGGGAGUUGUGGUGCACUCUCAUAGCUACAACUUGGAAACUACACCUGGUUACGAAGAAGCGGCAGAGCAGUUGAGUUACAUGGCAGCGCAGAUAUUACAAUUAAAAAUGCCCCCACCCAGGAAUUUGAAAAAGUUUCUCAUGCAAAGUUUCCAAAUCAGAGCUUUUUGUCUUGCGUGAAAGAACUACGACCCUUUCUGACGCAGAAUCUAAUUGCGCAAGCUAUCUUUUGCAUAACAGACCCGCCUGCUGUUGGGCUCCUUUGCAAGAGAGAUUUGAGCUAUUCAGUAUGGAGAAUUUGCGACGCUUAUACAUAUACACGCAAGGCGGGAAUGUUUUCAUUGGAAAGGUUUGCAAUACAAAUGCUGCCAAUUGCUGGGGCGGGGGCAUUUUUCAUUGUAAUACCAGAGCAACUGGGUUCAUUCUGAGCAGAAGUACAACAACUACCAGGCCACCUACAACACUUUUUACCACGACGACCAUAACCAGCAUGAUCAACAUGGAGCUACAACUUAUUCCAGUUAUUACAACUAUGACGAGCAGGUGGGGACGAGCAGCAAUGAUGUUGAAGCCUGCUACUACGGGAGAUCGUACGAACAAAAUGAUCGCCAGCACGACCACUACAAUCGCAUGGUCGAAGCCGAGCACCAGGCGCAGCACGACGCGGUGGCGCAUCAAUUAUAUCAACGGGAUCAACAUCGGGAUCAUUUCCCUGGCGGGGGAAUGAUCGAAGAUCAAUAUGAAAAUAAAUUUGAUGACGUUAAUGGACGAGCUUUAGCGUCAGCAGCCUCGGAGGAGGUGAAUGAGACGACUUCCGACGAGAACCAACGCGAGCAACAGUUGCAUUCAUUUUUUCGUCCGCCUAAUCAAACGGACCAACAUGUACAGCAGUCGACGGAAAGUGAUCCUGUUCUAAAUCACCAAUUCCCAGUACCAACUACUGACAACUUCAACCAGCAAAAUCUUUUCACGAACGGGUCCUCGUUGCUACAAGAUCUUCAAAACAGCAACACUGUGUGCGGUAGUUCCUUGGUCCACCAGCAAGCCUGUGUCAUUCCUUCUAAUCUCUUCGGUGCUACAACUUCUACGGGUGGAGCAGCUACCACUUCCUGUGCUACGAAUAAUAUUGGCGCGAAUGCGAAUGCGAAUAGCUCUUCGUGUACAGGGACGAUUCCAAACGGGGCCGCCGGGAUGCUGCUGUCACAACUGUCAUCACGACAGGAGUACCAGCCACAAUCUCAAUUCGUCGACGAGCAGUCCAACUCGUCCUCCAUGAUGCUCACGACCCAAAAUCAAGACCAAAGUCACCAGCAGCUUGUUUUCACAGCCAGACCGAAUCUGAAUGGUAUGCUUUCUACGACUUUGCAAUCGAUUUACGACAAUAUUGCGCAACAGCAGCACGUGCUGCAGCAGGGCCACGACCAGCAGCAAAUUUCUACCACAUCUACUCAGCAAUUCUGUGGUCAGCAGCAGACUUCUCGUUCUCAGAUUCUGACCACCAGUUCCUUUAGUGCGUGGAAAUAGUUCUUCUUUAAAACUGCACGACUCAACUAAAUCAGCACAUCCAGAUGCGUCGUUUUUAGUACACCAUGAUAUAUAAAAAUACAGCGACGGCGACCGCAAACGCAACUCUGCUUGGGGGCGCGGAGAACAUCAGUAACAUCAACCUGCACGACCAGGAACACGAUUACCAGAACAAUGUCGGAGACUUCACCAAAUUUCUUUUUUCCGCCAACUCUAUGCAAGAAAACUGUGUAAGUGUGAGUUCUCUGUGAUGCGGACAGUGCAUCAGGGUAGUUGUAAGUACUCACACUCGGCAUAAGACUGCAAGUGCGCCCUCAUAGCCUAGUUUCAACAUGUGUGCUCUUAUCACAUUCACUUACCAGGUCGCGCGCAUGACAGGUUUCUUCUGUCAUGCAGAAUGAAUUUGUGAAGAUGCAGAUGCUGCUCCUGCUACAGAGUCAGUUCUUGUGUACUUACACGGCACUUUUUUUCUGUGAUACACUCUACCGCGUCUUUACUAUCGAACACGAAUGUGGUCAACAACAGCAGCCUCACACGAACGGACCUGGCGCGUCAGGGGCUCUCCUCUGGAUCUUCAUUGUUGGGGGCGGCCGGUACAGCUGUUGCAGGAGGGACGAGUGGCUCUACUGCUUCAGCUUCUACCGCCUCCUUGUUCAGUCUCGACUUUCAACAGCAGAUUAUGACCGACAUGCACAAGAACAGUAGCACGGCAGUUACAGGGGCGGGACGAGGGCAACCAAGAACUUCCUCUAUGACGUCGGACUACAACAUGCUCCUGAACAACAAACAUAUGCAGAUCAACCAGCAGCCUGUUGGAAUGACCAACAGCGUAGUACAGCAACAGCUCCCAGCGGAAUUACAAGCCUCGUCCUCUGCAACAGUUUCCUCGAAAGGGCAACACCAACAGCAGCAGCAGCAGGAUCAACAGAAUGGUCUACCGCUCAUUUCCGUUUAGCGGGAUGGUGAAGAUGAUUUGCUUUUGUUCUACAAAUUCUAUGUUGCCUGAUCUAUCAUAUAUAAAUCAUACUUGGGACCGAUAUAAAAAAAGAAGAGAAGAAUAAAGCUGAUUGUUAAGAAAAAAAAAGCGACUUCUGCGACCUGCCUCGUAGGUAUGGAGACUAGCGAAGACUCUAAAGGCGACAUCCUCAUGAUCUCCAAAGUAGAAUAUUGAUACAGUCGCUGCUCAAACUUGUUGCGUAGCUGUAUGCUGAUUCCUUUCAACAUUUGUAAUAUCCAUAGAAGUAGCACUAGCACCUGGCACCACGACGCCCACCACCUAUUGUUGGCUUUCAAGUCCGUACGAGAUUGCACAAUAUCCCCCAUCCGUCCCCCCCAUUUGGAAGCAGGCAUCAGCAGCAACACAAGCAGCGGCAGAAAUGUCGUGUCUCCACAUCAUGACAAAUGUGCAGCACACAAAUUGCACUAGCACUGUUUGAAGUUCCAAAAUUUAUCAUGCACCAGACAGUCUCUUUACAGGCAAGACAAAGAAGAAGAUGUGGAUUUGGUAUCUUGCAUGGCAGAAGAGGCGCGGAGGUGGGGGAGGUGUGUACUCUCAUAGUCAAAGACGAAGCGAUUUGGAAGGUCUGGAAAAGAUCGGACGAGUCGCACAGCUUGAUAAGUCGUGCCUGUUGUCGGAAAAGUUUACCAAUUUUUUUUGAACAAGAUGUACAGAAGCUUAUUUGGUUUGUACGUUGUAUUUGUAUUUAAAUUUUCGUUUGCGUUAGGGCGAAAAGGCUCCCGCAUUACCUGCUCCGCACUGAUGAUGACAAUUUUGUCUCCAUGUUCUGCUCUAAGUAAUAGUACUUUUUUACCAUACUACUUCUACAGCUACUAUCUCGCUUUCGACGGGAGAAAACUAAUUUUGCGGCACUACCUUACAAUGAUGUUCUUGUCUCUGUAUUGCUAUUCCGAAACCGCCUGCGUUGUUGCUCUAUUUUUUAGUUGGAGUAAUAAAUGAGCCUAUCGUUUUCAUUUUUGCUAUCUCAGUGACAGUAGAGUAAGUGGUCUUGAAAAUAAAAAUUAAUUGCUCUAAACAAAAAGGAAAGGUCUUCCAGUUGCAGCAGCCUGAACUUAAGUAUCGCUAUUUCCUGAUUCAACCCGGUUGUACUUUUGCACUUGGUCCUACUGGACUUGAAACGUUACUCAAGCACCUAAAGCGACCUCUUCCGUCAUGGCAGUAGAAAGACGUAGCUAGGUAUUACAUACGCCAUUUCGUGCAGCCGGUAGCUUCUAUUCGGAAAAUAUGUUGUUUGAGCGCUAGACAUAACUUUAAUAUCCCUUGACAAGCCUGCUUUUUUUGCUAUUUUCUGAUUCUGAAGAGUAUCAAAUCAAGAGAGGACAUUCAGUAAAAUUAUGUUUGCGAAAAGUUGAAAGAGUCCGUCGGACGCGGUGCAUUUAUUUCUGUUGCAAAAACAGAGAAGGCAUCGCUUCGGGCCGACUGCACUGACGCAACUUUGAUUGUAGGUAGAGAGCAAGAUCACUACUAUUCGAAUUAUAUGUCCUUGUUGCCGUUGCGAAAAAGAAGGUAUUAUUAGGAAUAAAAGUCUAACAAAAAUUUUAUUGCAAAGCCUUCUGCUAUGUGUAUUAUGAGUAUGACUGGAGCAGGAGCUCAUUCGCGGUGUUUGUUCUGGAAAACAAAACGCACUGCGAAAAAACUUCAAGCAAACCCACCUUCUGCGAAAUAUCAAAAACCUAUGAAAUUCUUUGGCGAGCGAACCAAAUGGCUCUCGUGCUUUAUGACGUUCUAGUUUAUUUUUUCGAAAGCAGCAAUAAGUGGACCACCUACAGCAAGUUUGCUCUACCCUCUGCAGAAACUACAGCAUUUCAACGAGAACUGAAAUUCCGGCUGCACGGAGUAGGAAACAAUGACAGCACCACCCGCCAGCGUUUACUCGUGCAAGAAUCGAUGAGAAACUGUUGAAACUGAAGCAGCUUUAUUCGCUGCUGUACGAACAUGGAGUUGCGACUGGUUGAGAAUGAGAAUCUGGACUGGCAGCCUAUCAUGAUUUUUUUCGUAAAUUUUAUCUCAAAACAAGAUCGAGGAGUUCGGGAAAAAAGUGGAAAAAGCCCCCUCUCUUGAUGAUGUUUGCCUGAGUUGUUUACAGCCUUUAUGACCACACCAGCCUAAUUUUGGACGACCGUUAUAGUUUCUGCAGGUGCAGCUUACUUAUUGUUAUUAUGAAAGGCGUGUCUAUUGUACCAGAAGAACUAGCUGCUUUAUUCCUAUUGGUGAAAAAAAAUAAAAAAAAUGAAGUGUAAUUUAAGUAUUAGUAGCGGGAAUCUAAGUUGUAUUUUAUCGAUUGGUAGUUCUGUUUAUGUACAGCUAUAGUUAGCCAAAGUAACAGAAAGUGAGAUAUUGCGUUGAUAUCGUUCAGUCAGACAUAAUAAAGAAAGAAACACUUUUAGUGGUUGCGUUUUCAUAGAAACGAAGAAUGUUGAGAUCGACCACAACCCAUUUUGAAAAACCAAAUCCAAAAAACAAUCUUUACGGGGUGAAGACGUUGUUGUGAAGAAAUUGCUGGAGUUCUGAAAGCACAAAGGUGUUUGCAGCGAGUGGUGUUUAUUCAUCCUCGGUGGUGCUGCCUGAGAAGACCAUGCGCAGCAUUUUAGAUGAUAGGGCUACCCAAAUAGAAAUUCAUAAGCG